UUACCAUAGCAACGCACUUUGUUAUUUCGCCAACGCGUAAUUUUACUUCUAUUUUUGUGUUCAAGUUUUUAGAGUAUUUUGAGAUUGUUACAAAAUGUUGAAAUUACAGAUAGCCAACGACCAAGAUCGUAAGGAGGCACAGAAUAGAGAGAGGAGGAGACAGUGCGAGCUCGAGAGGAGAUCCAGAAUCUUCAAUGCGAGAAACAGGAAGAUUGGGGUCGACGUCCCGUUCUUGGAGCGUCAGAUAGCAGAGAAGAAAGCUGAAAGAGAUGAACAGAAUCGAAGAGACCUGGCCUUUGCCAAGCAGAUGAUCAAGGAUAGUGAUCUCGCUGUUAUAUUGGAAGGCAGAGAAAAAGAGGAACGUCGUCGCGUCGGCGUGGAAAUAGACUCUUUCCGCCAAAAGUACCAGCGGUUUGAAGACCGUCGGGAGUACGACCUCAACGACCCUGAGGUUCUGAAGAAGCAGCUGCCUCCCAGAGCCGGUGAUGGCGAACCUGUUGGACUGGCCAGCGCUCAGAAAUUUGAAGGUGAAGAUUUGGAUUUCGAUGAGCGUAAGAAGAUCAUGGCCCAGCAAAAGAACUCCUGGUUGGAGCAACAAGUGCAGGAGCGAAAGGCAGCUCAAGAGGAGAGGAAGAAAGCAGAAGCUGCUUACAUGAUGGCGAUCAAAGCUCGUGACCAUCGCGCCGGAGAACUGGACAAAUUGGAGCGCGAGUGUCGCUACAGACUCGGACAGGCUAACCUCAAGUAUAAUGAAGCUUUGGCAGCAGAAAAGAAGCAGCUGGAGCUGAUAAUCAAAGAACAAGAGGAAGCUGACAACACAGCCGAGAUGUACAACAACCUCACUUCUGACAUGCUCACUGAGAACCCUGAUGUCGCCAAGAGUGCUCUCGGGAAAAACAGAGCGAUUGGAUUCAUGUACAAGGGUAUGAACCAAGAAGAGCUCAAAAAGUUCUACGCCGCACAGAAAGAACAAAUGGCUGCUGCUAAGGCGAAACGUGACGCUUACGACAAGAUGGAAGCAGAAUGGCAAGCCUUGGCCAAGUCCAUCCAGCACGAAGUGGCGCGCCAAGAUAUUGCCGACCAGAGGAAGAGAAGGGAGAUCGCCCGCCAACUAAUGGAGGAGAACCAACUGCUGGCAUUACAGCAGAAGGAGAAAGAGAAGUACUUCAGAGAAGUGGUGUACAACAAUACUCCCACUGACGAAUAUUACGCUCAGUUCAAUACCACUACCAGAUAAAAUGUUACGAGGUUAUAUAAACAGUACCAUAAUGUGUUCAAGAUUCUUGUCUACUCAAAAAACUUAGUUGAGAAACUUCUUUUUUGAAAGUCGAUUAAUAAAGGGAUAGUCUGGUGUUUCGUUAAGGUGAUGUCAGUCGGUUCACUAGAGUGAACGUUCACUCCAAAGAACGAUUCAUUUUCUCGAGGCUUAACUCGAAGGACAAAAAAAAUAUUGGUCACUUUUACACUAGCACUUUUGUAAAACCUGUUAAUACAAUUUUCACGUGUAAAUUGACACCAAGGCAGUAAGAAGAAGGUAUCUAUUGCUAUAUUGAGAAGGUAGAAGAAUAUAGGCUUAGUAAUAUUCCUAUAUCCGCAUUCUUUAUAUUUUAUUCGAUUUUAAUAAUUUGUAAUGUUAUUGUAGUGACUCCAAUUAGACGUAUCAAAAUCUAUUGUUUAGAUAGAUAAACAUGCAACUUGUAGUUUACUAGAAGUUUUGCACGAUUUUGCUAGAACUACAGGACUUAUAUUUAAAAAAAUCCACAAUGUUAUGGUAGUAUUUUUAGGUUUUUGCAAAAGUGAAAGAUUUUGUGUGUAGCUAUUAUCUAUGUUCCUACG